AUGCCCGACCAUGCCGACGUCAGCCUCCCGCCAGAGGAGCGAGUCCGAAGACUGAUCCAGAUGGGAAGCACUGUGGAGGUGAACGAGGAUGUCCCACCGCGACGCUACUACCGCUCCGGAGUGGAAAUCCUCCGCAUGGCGACCAUUUACUCGGAGGAAGGCAAUAUUGAGCAUGCCUUUAUUUUAUACAACAAAUACAUCACGCUCUUCAUUGAGAAGCUGCCACAGCACCGUGAUUACAAAACUGCUGUCAUACCCGAAAAGAGGGAGACAAUGAAA